UUAGUUGGUGGAAGUUGAGUGAUAGACAUGUUUCUGAAGAAUAUUAGUCGGGCAUACAAGCUGUACACUCCCUUUUUAUACAAAUCCAAAUUUGGAUUUCAAAAUUCACAGCAAAGACAACCUAAACUUACAUCUUAAACACCCUUCAACCCUCUUCUCUCUCCCUAAAGAUGUUGUUUUUUCUCACCAUUUUAUCUUUCCUUCCUCUCUUAUACAUUCUCUACAUUCUACUCAGCUUUCUUGAGCGAAAAAAGCAUCAGAAAUGUUACUUGUUGGAUUACCAAUUGUACAAACCCUCCGACGACCGGAAACUGCCAACGGAGUUCUGUGGUGAUGUCAUUAAACGGGCCAAGAAUCUUGGUCUAAAUGAGUACAAGUUUCUUCUGAAAGCGAUAGUGAGCUCCGGCAUCGGUGAAGAAACCUAUGCUCCAAAAAUGGUGUUUGAAGGCCGUGAAGAAAACCCUACUUACCAAGAUGCCAUUGUGGAGAUGGAAGAGCUUUUUGAGUACACAAUCGGAAGACUUUUCAAGCGAACUGGGAUUUCCCCCUCGGAGAUUGAUAUUUUGGUGGUCAACAUCUCGAUGUUGGCUUGCAUGCCUUCGUUGUCCAGUCGAAUCGUAAACAUGUACAAGAUGAGGGACGAUGUCAAAACCUACAACUUAUGUGGAAUGGGAUGUAGUGCGAGUUUGGUUUCUUUAAAUCUUGUUGAAAGUAUCUUCAAAUCGAAGAAAAAUCAGUUGGCUAUGGUGGUGACAUCCGAAUCUUUAACACCAAAUUGGUAUACGGGUAAUGAUAAAUCCAUGAUACUUUCAAACUGUUUGUUUAGAACAGGUGGGUGUGCGAUGAUUCUAACAAACAACCCAAGUUUAUCUCACAAAUGCAUGCUGAAGUUAAACUGCCUAGUCCGAACCCACCAUGGCGCGAAAGACGAAUCCUACGGAUGUUGCAUAGAAACCGAAGAUGAUCAGGGUCGGGUCGGUUUUCAUCUAGGUAAAUCUCUACCAAAAGCUGCAACUCGAGCCUUCGUGGACAAUUUGAAAGUAAUCGCUCCGAAGAUACUACCGAUCCGGGAGCUUCUCCGGUUUGGUAUCCUCUCUGUAACCCUAAAAAUUCUCAGCAAAGGGAAAGGAAAGUUAUCAGGGUCAAGUCGACCGGUGAUCAACUUCAAAGCCGGAGUGGAUCAUUUCUGUCUUCACACCGGCGGAAAAGCAGUGAUCGACACAGUCGCUCAGAAUCUUGAUCUGAGUGAAUACGACGUCGAGCCAGCACGAAUGACCCUACACCGGUUCGGAAACACAUCAGCGAGCAGUGUUUGGUAUGUUUUAGGGUACAUGGAGGCUAAGAAAAGGCUAAAGAAAGGUGAUCGAUUGUUCAUGAUAAGCUUUGGUGCAGGUUUUAAAUGCAAUAGCUGCUUGUGGGAAGUUGUACGAGAUCUGGAAGGAGAAGGAAAUGUGUGGAAAGAGUGUAACGUCGAAGACUACCCACCACAAACCCUAAUUAACCCAUUCAUGGAGAAAUAUGGUUGGAUCCAGGACGAAGACAUUGAAACCUUUAAGGUCCCAGAGUGAAAAUCAUUAACAAAGGGCAAAAAAGACAUUUUCAUUUUCGAAUUCAUUAUUUUAUUAUUUAUAGAAAGGAAAAAGUAUAAACUAAAGGAUAGAAAUUAAUGUCUCCAUGUUCAUUGAUUGUGUACGUGUAUUUGUAUUGUUAUAAGGAAUUCAAACUUUUAGUUCCUAA